CCAAGUUUGUGCACGCGCACGGUGCUCGCUCCCUCGUCAGUGAUGGAUCCAUGAAGUUGUUACUACAAAAAUGGCUGAUUUCCUGCCCUCCCGGACGGCGAUAGUUUGUAUCCCCAGUUGUCUUUUGUCUAGCAACGAAAUCGAGCAGCAGAGGAAAUCUAAAGAAAUAGACAGAUGUAUCAACCGAGAGAAGACCUACGUGAAGCGACUAGUAAAGAUUUUACUGCUCGGAGCUGGCGAGAGCGGCAAGUCAACUUUCCUGAAGCAAAUGCGCAUAAUUCACGGACAGGACUUCGAUCAGCGGGCCAGAGAAGAGUUCCGGGCUACAAUCUACAGCAAUAUUAUCAAAGGAAUCCGAGUGCUGGUAGAUGCCAGAGAGAAGCUGCACAUCCCAUGGGGUGACCCUUCUAACCAGACACACGGCGAGCUCCUGAUGGGCUUUGACACACGCUCGGCCAUGAUGGUUCAAGGAAACGUAGAGACCAAAGUCUUCCUGCAUUAUCUGCCCUCCAUUCACACCCUGUGGGCUGACAGCAGCAUCCAGAGCGCCUACGACCGGAGAAGAGAGUUUCAGUUGGGUGAAUCAGUGAAAUAUUUCCUGGACGGUUUGGAUAGAAUUGGACAGCCGGAUUACCUACCAACCCAACAGGACAUACUUCUGGCUCGAAAGCCUACAAAAGGCAUCCACGAGUAUGACUUUGAGAUUAAGAACGUUCCAUUCAAAAUGGUAGAUGUGGGGGGACAGCGGUCAGAGCGGCGACGAUGGUUUGAGUGCUUUGACUGCGUCACUUCUGUGCUCUUCCUGGCGUCAUCUAGCGAGUUUGACCAAGUUCUUAUGGAGGACCGUCAGACCAACCGGCUCAUGGAAUCGCUCAACAUAUUUGACACGAUUGUCAACAAUCGUGUGUUUUCUAAAGCAUCCAUCAUUCUUUUCCUCAAUAAGACAGACCUGCUGGAGGAAAAAAUAAAGACGGUGUCUAUCGGUGACUAUUUCCCCGACUUCACUGGAGAGCCCCAAAAUCUUGCUGAUGUUCAAAAGUUCCUGGCAGAAUGCUUUCGUGGUAAGCGGCGCGAGCAGCAGGUGAAACCCUUCUACCAUCAUUUUACCACGGCCAUUAACACCGAGAAUAUUCGACUUGUCUUCCGAGAUGUCAAAGACACAAUCUUGCAUGAAAAUUUGAAGCAGCUUAUGUUACAAUGAGAGACUUGCAAUAAGGUUUUAGACCAUUCCACUUUUAAUGAGGUUUUAAUUCUAGUGCAAGUGAUUCAAAAAGACCCUGAAGUUAACACCUGUAGGCAGAUUGUUCCCCUUUUGAUAAGACUACUUUUUUCUUCUUCUUUUUUUUAGCCCAAUUUCAAUGUCCCUUUCAGUCUAUUCAGCUGUGUCACUAGUCUGUUUUACUGCUGUAAUUGUCACUUUUAAAAUAAUGUAAAAUUUUGUUAAACCAUAAAAACACCACCAUGGUGAUUUAACCUAAAACAAGGCAUCUCCUGAUAUAUUAUUCACCAGUUAAUACAGCAGUGUUAGCAAGGCUGGAGUUUCCCACUGUUGCAGAGCAGAGAUUCCAGUUUGUGUUAAUCCAAAGAAACCAUCACAUACAACCUUCAGAUGUUUUUUGUUACACUUGAAUUUAGAAGAAUCGACUAAUCUAUGUCUCAUUUAUACAAAUAAGUAGUUAUGGGUUAAGAGUUUUGCUUAAGGGCCCAUUCUGAUUUAAUGUCUAUUGUCUCUGCCCUGAUUAGAGGCCCACUACCACUGUUAGACCUAUUGAUUCAAAAGAUUUUUUAUUUAUUUAUUUUUUACUUUAUUUUAAAAGAAAUAUCAAAUCAGUUUUAUCUUUUUUUUUUAAAAAAAGGAUUUGUCCUGACAUGCCUUAAAGCAAAGUGGUAAAUGUUAGCAGACACACUCCAAGAUGCAUAAUAACUGCUAAGACUCAGGGGCUGUAAAUAUACAUUAUAGGCACAUUAUUCUUGAGUGGCCUCCCCUUAUUGGGAUUAAACACCUUUUCACUAUUUCAGGAUUCACCAUUUAGGAAGUCCUGUAAUAUCCCAGAUUAUGCAGAAAAUGUAGUGGCCCUAUUAAUAAGGUACCUGUGUAUGUAGUACUAUUGUCUUUGUUCCUUGUUCAAAGAGAGAGACUCUUAAAAAUGUUUUGUUAUACAGAAUUUAUGUUGUAUAGAUCCCUUGUCUAUAGUUUUUGUUUUUAUUAAACCAUUGUCUGGUUAUCUUUCACUUUUACACCUUCCUAUUUAAAGUGAAGUGUGGCCAGGCUUGUGUAUGAAAACCUUCUGAUGGUGGUUUAUUAUAAUUUUCAUUAUAAUUAAUUUACCAAAAAUAAGAUGUAUGUACAUAUCCACUCAGUGCAGAUGCCACAGAGGCUAAACUGACCUUAUACCCUAGUUAAUAAAUAGACUCACAUGAUAAAUUUUUCUGGUUUAUGGGGAUUUUUGUUUACCUUUAUCUGAUUUUUUUUUUAUGAAGUAUAUUCGGCUUCCAGCAUAGACUAAAACAUUUUCUCCUCAAACUGAAAUAAGCGGCCUUGUGCACUAUAACUAAUAUCUCAGGUGUAUUUCACAGUUUGUCUUAGUUCACUGAUUUAUUUAAGCAGGAUCACCAUCCUGCGAUCUGACUUGUGAUCUGGCAUUUCAUGAAAACUGAGAUCGGUGUACAAGUUCACCAAAAGAAUUUAAGUGUUUUGUUUAGAUAUGACCCAUGUACAGUAUACAUUUCAUAAUGUUCACUCUUUUUGUAUAACUUUCUUUGGUUCAUUAAAUCAAACUAUUUUACAAAGAUGAUAA